ACGACCAUAUAUAUUUCCCGAAUCGUAUAAUCCCCUUUGUUUCGAGCUCUGCAGCCUCUCCCGCCGUCUACGAAACCCUAAUUGUAGCCGUCGACCCACGAAACAAAAUGGCUCCCAAGAGAGGAGGGAAGGCGCCGGUCGCAGUGAAGAAGAAAACGGAGAAGGUCGUGAAUCCUCUGUUUGAGAAGAGGCCGAAGCAGUUUGGGAUUGGUGGGGCUCUUCCUCCUAAGAGGGAUCUUCAUCGCUUCGUGAAAUGGCCUAAGGUAGUGAGAAUCCAAAGGCAGAGGAGGAUCCUCAAGCAGCGUUUGAAGGUUCCUCCAGCGGUUAACCAGUUCACAAGGACAUUGGAUAAGAACCUGGCAACAAACCUAUUUAAGAUGCUUCUGAAGUAUAGGCCUGAGGAUAAAUCUGCCAAGAAGGAACGUCUUCUGAAACGGGCACAAGCUGAGACUGAAGGAAAGGUUGUGGAAUCCAAGAAGCCAAUUGUUGUCAAAUAUGGCCUUAAUCAUGUUACUUAUCUUAUAGAACAGAACAAGGCCCAACUGGUGGUUAUUGCUCAUGAUGUAGAUCCUAUAGAGCUAGUCGUUUGGCUUCCAGCAUUGUGCAGGAAGAUGGAGAUCCCUUACUGCAUCGUAAAGGGAAAAGCUCGGUUGGGCACAAUUGUCCACAAGAAAACUGCUGCUGUGUUGUGCUUAACAACUGUGAAGAACGAAGACAAGCUUGAGUUCAGCAAAAUCUUAGAGGCUAUUAAGGCUAAUUUCAAUGACAAAUUUGACGAGAUUCGAAAGAAAUGGGGAGGAGGAAUUAUGGGUUCGAAAUCUCAGGCUAAAAGUAAGGCCAAGGAGAAGCUUCUGGCUAAAGAAGCUGCCCAGAGAAUGAGUUAGGUUGCCUUUUUAUAUGUGUGUUUCAUAGCUUCUAAAUCAGGAUAAUGCUGUUCAUUAGAGCUUUUGUUUAUGUUUUUGAGCUAAGUGUUGUCCGUGGACUUCAAUUCUUACUUGAUUGGCUUUCAUUGCCUGAUUGAUCAAUGUUUUUGUUUUAUCUAGUGUUCUCCAGUCUUUCCAAGACUUGCUUAUAAGUGUUUUUUGUUGAUAAAUCCUGCAUGUCUGUCUAUUAGCAUUCUUGCUGUAAAGUAAAUGUAUGCAUUUAAUUUCACA